AUGGUUGCAAUGAUGGACGCAGAUGAGGUCGACGACUAUACAGUCAUUUGCAAACAGAAGAACGCUCACACUCGUGGCUUAGUUGGUGUCUGGUCAUUCCGAGCCGGAAAUGGAAUUGUUGGUCUAGUGACGGUUGGACAUGACUCUGUGAAGCUUUGGCGGAUGGACGAAACAGCUAACGGAGCUGUUACACUUACCAGUAAAGUUGAAAUACGAGAGUGGCGAACAGCCAUCCAAUCCGCUGACGUCACUAGCGACGGAAAAUGCAUUUGUCUGGUAACGGUUGAUUCAAUGUUCUACGAAAUAAUCCUCGGCGACGAGGGUCCCGUUGUGAUGCCACACGAUUUUGGCGUUAUGGAAGCGUGGCACGUACGAAUCGCUAAAAGCAAAACAAACUACAUCACGACUGCGUUUUCUGGUUUUUUGAAAGAAAUCGAUCUUAGCGGAAAGGUAUCUCGCCAGGAGCCGUUUCCCUCUGCCAAAACUGUUGGAGCUAUAGCAUACGGCAGUAGCAACCGUCGCCUCGCUGUGUCAACGUUUGAAGGCGUUUUGCACAUACUGGAUGUCGCGACGUUGAAAACGGAGACAACUGUAGAAGCACAUUCGAAGCGAAUUCGUGCGUUGGCUUUUCUGCCUGGAGACGACGAUAUUCUAACUGGUUCCGAUGAUAAAACCAUCAAACUUCAUUCAGUAGGAGGCGAACGUCCGAAAGUGGAGCGAGUCUAUUGUGGGCACCGUAGCUCCGUGUUAUCGUUGUCGGUUGAUGAUCGAGCUGAUGGAACUCGAUUCGCAAGUAGUAGUCUAGAUGGACAGAUCCUGCUCUGGCAUAUUGAACAACCGACUGCUCUUCAACGGUUGCCAAGUCCUCACGCAGGGGCGGUGUCAACGAUUGCAUUUCUCCCAACUGGACGUCAUCUUGUUUCGGGAGGCGAAGAUGGCGUUGUGGCUUGUUAUCGUGUUCCUCAAGCUGGCAUGACGUCUCCAGGGAAUAUUGAAAGAGAGGAUGAUAACAUGGGUAUGUUUUAUAGAUGGGUGCUGUGA